UCUUAGAUGUUCCAAGAAAAAAUCAGAGGGAUACUUGAAAAACACGAGUACUGAAGUCAUCGCACACACGUUGUCUUUCAUUGGAACAAAUGCUUGAUCUCACGGCAAUGGCCUCAGGGGAAUCAAAAUUACCACUUGAAACUCAAAGGUUGCAAAUUUAUUCCAAACCAAAUUCUGGGGUCUCACCUUUUUGGAGAGAAAAGUAUGAAAGAGAAGCUAAGAAAUAUUGGGAUGUCUUCUACAAACACCACAAAGACAAGUGAUGAUACCUUUCAUCAGUUUUUCAAAGACCGGCAUUACUUGGAUAAGGAAUGGGGAGAUUACUUUUCAGGAGGAGGAAAGAAAGUAAUUUUGGAGGUUGGGUGUGGAGCUGGAAAUACCAUAUUUCCUGUUAUAGCAUCAUAUCCAGAUGCUUUUGUUUAUGCAUGUGAUUUCUCACGACGAGCUAUUGAAUUGGUUAAGAUGCAUGAAGACUUUAAGGAGUCCCAUGUUCACGCUUUCGUUGCUGACUUGACAGCCGAUGAUUUAUGCAAAGAGAUUAUUCCAUCUUCUGUUGACAUUGUUACAAUGAUAUUUAUGUUAUCUGCAGUGUCCCCAGAAAAGAUGCCUAUUGUUUUGCAGAAUAUUAAAAAAGUUCUAAAACCAAAUGGAUAUGUGCUGCUGCGAGACUAUGCUACUGGAGACCUUGCUCAGGAGAGAUUAUCUGGCAAGGAUCAAAAGAUAACUGAUAACUUCUAUGUUAGAGGUGACGGCACUCGCGCUUACUAUUUUUCAAACGAGUUCUUGACAAAUUUAUUCAAAGAAAAUGGUUUCGAUGUUCACAAACUUGAUGUGUGCUGCAAAGAAGUUGAGAACCGCUCAAGGGAGUUGAUAAUGAAACGGCGUUGGGUCCAAGCUGUAUUUUGUGUUUCAGAUGGUUCCAACUCUUCCAGUAAAGAAACUGAGGUCAAUCAUCUUGAUAGUGAUAACAAUAUUGGCACGGAAAUCGAGAAAAAUAAUUGUGGUAGUAUAACUGACACUGUAAUUGACAUGUCUGAGGGAGUUGGGGCUGACAUGUUUGGAGUCUUGCCUUCCGACGAGUAUGAGAUUAUGGAGAUCAACCUUAGAGGCUGGAAUUUCAAGAUUAACUUACUAUCAAAAGAGUACCAACAUACCUGCAAAUCAACUGGUUUGAUGCUGUGGGAAUCGGCCCGAUUAAUGGCUUCCGUCCUUGUAGAAAAUCCCAAUAUUGUUUCUGGAAAAAGGGUAUUGGAGUUAGGGUGUGGCAGUGGUGGAAUCUGCUCUAUGAUUGCUUCUAGACACGCUGAUCGAGUAGUUGCUACAGAUGGAGAUGAUUUUUCUCUUGACCUAUUAGCCAAAAAUGUUGCAUCUAAUAUUGAACAACCAUUGCUGACUAAACUAACUACAAAAAAACUUGAGUGGGGAAACAAAGAUCACAUAGAAAGCAUAAAGGAGUUGAGUGAUAGAGGCUUCAAUGUCAUCAUCGGCACUGACGUUACAUACGUUGCUGAAGCUAUAUUGCCUUUGUUUGCAACUGCAAAAGAACUUAUUGCUCCAAGUGAAAGUAAUAAAGAUGAGAAUGUUCCUGUACUUAUUCUUUGCCAUAUCUUUCGCCGUGUCGACGAACCAACGUUACUUUCAGCUGCAGUGCAAUUUGGGUUUAGAUUAGUAGACAAGUGGCCUACCGGAAAUUCGCCUGAAACGUCUCGAAGUGUUAUUGACAAUUGGUUUAUGGACAAUGAUUUAAAGGAUGAUCUUCCUAAUAGUGCAUUAAACAUAUUGGUCUUCAGCAUGGAGUGAAAUCAAGUAUAACAUUCUAGCUUGAAUUAAUUAAUACAAGCUGUUUUGUUGAUUCUUUUUACAAUACAAAAUGAGAAGUAUAAUGCUUUUUACAUGUUGAUUUAUUGUAGUACCCUUUGAUUGUGUUACAAGUUCUGUGUAUUUUUAUUAAUGUUGUAUUUUAAAAUCCUAUUGAUUUGCUCCUCACUUUGGGAGUGCCAUUCAUAUGUAGAACAUUCUCAUCAUUAGCUUGAAAUUAAAAGGCCAACUUUUUGUUUUGUGGUUA